AUGCAUAAUAAUAACUCCUUUAUCAAGGAUUUAAAGUUCUUACAGCCCCUUGAAGUUUAGCUUCAGAGAGAUGAGUACACAAGCAAAUUCAAUUUAGAAGCAAGGAUAAAUGAUAUUAAUGAGUUCAGAGAAAUUGAUAUUUUGGAUAGAGAUAUCCAUAAAAAUCAGCAUGGACUUAUUUCGCUCUAUAAUCAUAAUUCCAAGAUAAAAAUUGAACCUAAAUUAAUGAUUUGCAUAACUAUGUACAAUGAAUCAAGAAAAGAAUUGGAAUCAACAUUAAAUGGUAUAUUCAAGAAUGUAAAGACUUUUAAAGAGGAAUGUCUUGUAGAUAACUUAGAAAUUGUAGUCGUUAUUAUAUAUGAUGGUAUGAAUAAGCUUUGUACUACUACUUAAGAAGAACUUGUAGAUAUAGAUGAGGAUAUGCUGGAAUACUUCAUAGCUUAAGACAAGAAGAUAUAGAAUGAUGAUAAAGAAUUCAACAUGAAAUAUCAGCAUGAAACUUACUGCUAUAAUCUCAAAUUGUCUUAAAUCAAAAUAGAUGAAGAAGAACACAAAAAUAAAUUUGAAAUAUUUGACUAAGAUAAGAAGAUUAAGCAUAAUUACGAACAAUGGAAAAUCUCCAAUCAACACUAUAAUGAGAAAGAAGGAAAAAGAAAAUUUUUGCAAGAUGAAAAAGACGAAGCCUUAAAAUACAUCUAAAGCAAGAAGAAUAAUGGAUUUCUCUAUUAGAUAUAAUCAUCACUUGAGUAAAUCGAUGACACUAUUAAUGAUUUUCCCGAUAAAAAUAAGAAAAAAUCUAAAAACCUAAAUACUAGUAAAAAAGAUAAAAACCCAGAUGAUAUUGAUGAUGAAUCUAUCAGCAUUUUCCACUGUGUUAAAUAUUAAAACGGAGGUAAACUAUCCAGUCAUUUGUGGUUCUUUAGUGGUUUUUGCGAAUUAUUCUAGCCUUCAUACACAAUUUUACUUGAUUGUGGUUUAGUUCCUGAUGAAAAAGCUCUUUUCAACAUGUUUUUGGCAUUCGAAACAGAUAAAAACAUAGGUGGAGUCUGUGGUUUUAUGGGUAUUAAAUUCUAAGAUGUAUACACUGACGCUGGUCAAAGAAAGGAUGAAUAUAAAAGAGCUCAACCAUAAAUUGAUUUUCUAUCUGACCUAUUUUAAAAAAUUUUCGAUGUAUAAAAGGCCUAAAUGUACGAAUAUAAUAUGGGUCAUUUUAUUGAUAAACCUUUUGAGUCACUUUUUGGUUAUAUUUAAGUACUUCCUGGUGCAUUCAGUGGUUACAGGUGGGAUGCUCUUAAACGUGAUGAAGAAACAAAGGAUUGCAUUUUAGAUGAUUACUUAUCCAGUGUAUUGGAUUAAUCAAGAGAACUGACAUUAGAACAAUAAAAUAUGAAUCUCGCAGAAGAUAGAAUUCUCUGUUUAAAAAUUUACUCAAAGCAUGGAAAAAAAUAUACCUUGAAAUAUUUGCCUAAUUGUCGUGCAAAAGUCGAUCCUGUUACAGAUUUGAUGACAUUGAUCAGCUAAAGAAGGAGAUGGAUUAAUGGUUCUACUUUCGCUUUAAAACUUUGCUUAAGAGACAGUAACCUAGUUUAUGAUUCAGAUCACGGUAUGUAUGAUAUUAUUAAAUUUAAAUUGUGCAUGGCUUUUGCUUGGUUAAAUAACUUCUUGAGUUAUAUUUCGUUGUCUGUAUUUUUCAUUAUUGUCUUCAUUAUGAUAGAAACAAAUGUUAGCUAAGUUACUUUAGAAGGCUCAAUCCUUAAUGGUUCAGCUCUAUAAUUACUUAUUACAACAUUAUUCUUUGCUGUUUAUUUUAUCUCUGUCCUAGUCAUUAUAUACAUUUCUCUAAUGCUUGAUACAAGAAAACCUGAGGUUAUAAGAUCAUUCUACCCUAUUUCUACAUUCUUAGGCUUAGUCAUGCUUGUCGCGUAUGUGUUUAUGAUUAUCUACGUUAUUUUGACAACUCUCUUUACAUGGGAUUAUUACAUUCUUGGAAAUAAAUUUUCUUAGUAUGCUUAGUCUGGUAUUUUGUAAUCAUGGAAUGAAAAUUUCCUUAAGGAGUUUUUCUGCUACUUGAUUGUUGUUGGAUUCUUUAUAACUUUUAUUCCUUAUAUUUUUAAUCCUCGCAAAAUAUUGGAAAUGAUUAUUUCGUUCAUUCAUUUCAUAGCUUACCAGGCAUAGUACAUACAUCUUUUCACAAUUUAUGCAUACUGUAGAAUCGAUGACUUUUCAUGGGGUACCAAGGGUCAAAACACGGCCUCAUAAUAGUAAGAUGUAAGCAAAAGUAUUAAAUUUAAGUUUGUAUUAUAGUGGUUUUUGACAAACUUCUUUAUUGCAUUUUUGUUUUCUUCAUUUUUAACCUCAACAAUCAUGCCUGAUGAAAUGCAGGAAUAUGUAAAGCCAGCUAUUUUGACAAGUAUUUCUGUUGUUUUUGUUGGUUAGCUUGUUUUGAGAGUAAUUGGAGCUUUGUUUUAUGAACUUUACUUCAUUUACUUCAGAAGAAAAAUGGCAAGUAAAUAAGAUGCCAUCCACCACUUAAGAGAAUAAGGAAGUGAAAAAGAAUUACUUAAAAAAAUCAAUGAAAUUAAGCAAACAAUUUAGAGAUCUUAAGCUCAAGUUGUUGAAGACAGUAUAUUAUAACCUAUUGAUAAUUAAUAAAUGACUUAGUAUGAUAACUAACAAUCACAUUUAGUUUAACAAUUCACUUAGUUUGGCUAAUAAAAUACUCAAAAUGGCUAAUAAAACACUAUAUAUGCUUAAUGA